GUGUUCAGUCGCUCUGCCCUACCUCGAGCAGUCGCUGAAUGCGAUCUUGUCUGCCAGCUUUAGCAGCGGUUCUAUCUGGAUCCUCCGUUCACAACCUACGACAAUUACUGAUAAUUACUGAAGACCUUUUCUUCUUUUGGAAGACCGUUCUCACCAUGGGCGACAAGAAGAGCCCUACCAGGCCGAAAAGACAAGCUAAACCAAGUGCUGACGACGGAUAUUGGGACUGUAGCGUCUGCACCUUCAAGAACAGUGCAGAGGCUUUUAAAUGCAGCAUCUGCGAUGUGAGGAAGGGCACCUCGACAAGGAAACCCAGGAUCAACUCACAGCUGGUGGCCCAGCAGGUGGCUCAGCAGUACGCCACGCCUCCCCCACCCAAGAAGGAGAGGAAGGAGAGGCCUGAGAGGGAGCACGACCCAGACGGGGAUCUGGUGGAUGGGGAGGGGGAGCACCAUGAGGGAGUGCGUCCGGAGAGAGUGAGGCCAGAUGAAGGAGAACCUCCCCUGGAUAAGGGCAGGAAGGAGACACCGGACAAUGACAAAGCAGAGAAAGUGAAAGAGGUGAAAGCAGAGGAGGAGAAAGAGGAGGAGAAAGUGAAAGAGGAGAAAGAGAUCAGCCCAACCAGGCCCAUCACCAAGAAACCCAGCCUCAAGGAGAUCAGCCCAACCAGGCCCAUCACCAAGAAACACAGCCUCAAGGAGAUCAGCCCAACCAGGCCCAUCACCAAGAAACCCAGCCUCAAGGAGAUCAGCCCAACCAGGCCCAUCACCAAGAAACCCAACAUCAAAGAGAUCAGCCUAGCCAGGCCCAUCACCAAGAAACCCAACAUCAAAGAGAUCAGCCUAGCCAGGCCCAUCACCAAGAAACCCAACAUCAAAAAGAUCAGACCCAAGACAGACAUUCACCAGAGUCCACCUAGUGAUAAAAACAGUGUACAAUCUGGAAAGUCAACAACCAAGACCAACAACUCUCACAUCUCCAGGCCCAAACUGAAGAAUAUUGACCGGAGCACUGCCCAGCAGCUAGCGAUAACGGUGGGGAACGUGACGGUCAUCAUAACAGACUUUAAGGAGAAGACCCGCUCCUCCUCCACAUCCUCGUCCACCGUGACAUCCAGCGCAGGCUCUGAGCAGCAGCAUCAGAGUUCCGGCUCCGAGAGCAUGGACAAGAGCUCGACUCGCACCUCCACUCCCAAAGGAGAGCUUUCUGUGGGGKACGAUGAGUCCUUCUGAGCCCUCCAGUCCAGGUGCUCUGAGAGGACUCUGGAUGGGAUCGCUUAGGGGGAGAUAUUUCACCUUCCUACUGCUGCCCUACCCCCUGCAUCCACCUCCAUUCCAUCACCAUCCCUGGAUGCUGAGAGAGCUCGCUGAUUGGAGCAGCCCCAGCGUGUGCCUGAUGGUUAACGUCUAACCAUGGGUACACGUUGUGCAUGGCCCAUGCGGGAGAGUGGGGCUGACAGGAAUAAUGUAUUGUUUUAUAUCUGUAUGUGGAUGUGCGGCUGAUUCAACAUUUUUGUUUUUGUAUAAAGAAAUUAUCUGCACAAUAACCACCAUUUUAACAACUCUGAAAUAUUAUUACCCUUAUUUAUUACUUGUUUCACCUGUAUACUUUUAGACUUCUUUUGUUGAGGCUUCGCUUUGUAGUGCUACCUAUCGCUCCCUUUGACACUAGUUUUGAUGGUUGUACUGGUAGGAUAGGACAAGGCUWGAUACACCCACACAAUGGUGCUAGAUAGAGACAGACUGUGAAACAGUUUCCAACUUGGGACUGUCGUUCACAAAAUACAACAAAGUACUAAUAACCCGGAAAUUCUCUCGCUCUUUCUCUCGUCCACUCUUUCUCACACUAUCACUCUCCUACAGUGAGAGUGUGGACCUCUGUGUUGUCUGGUCUUUCAGGUUGAUAUGUACAGGUCAAUGUGCAGCAUAAAAAGGUAACCUGUUUGAUUUGAAAAUCCUACGAUGUAAACUCAACACACCCAAACCUUUUCUUCUAGCUUUCUUUGUCUAUGAUUUAGUUUGAUAUAGAAUUGAUCUUUAUACAGUCAGUGUCUCCUGUCCUUAACUGUAUAGUGUAGGCUAUUGUGAAAAACACUAAAGUUGUUGAUGUUUUUUGCAUUCCGUCGCUUCAAUAUUGGUUAGCCAUUUGAGGGAUUGAUUGGUACCCUCUGCUUUGAGACAGGUUUAUUUCUGUAAUGACUGAAGGAAAGGUAAAGUUUAGAUCCACCUGUUAAGACCAGAGUUUGAACUGUAAUAUAGUGAUUCCCUGUACCGUUUAUAAUAUCCAGCUGACGCUAAGGGACUUCAGCUUGUAAUAAGUCCUAGCUAACGUUUAGCCUACUAAUCUUCUUUUCGAAUUCUGUUUACAAAGUUGUAAUUUUCCAGUCCAUUUUGUGCAAAUGCCUGGACAGAUUGAGAAUUGAUUUGAGUGACUUAUUCUGAUAAGAUAUAUUUAAGACUCCAAUAUGUAGGCAAAUGAAGGCAGAAACAUUGCAAGUAGAUGAUAUAAUAGAAUAUUGCAUUUUUGUUUUGAAUUUUCAAAGCAGUUACAGCUUACCUAAAUAACCAAUUAAAUGGUUCUAAUUCUCCUUUAGACAAAUAUAGACAAACAAUUUCCUCUUAACUGUAAUAAAUUGUAUAAAGAAUAAAUGUGUAUAUGAUAUCUUAGUUUUAUUUAUUGAAGGACCAAAGGAAUUUCAUAAUGACAUGAUACAUAGACAAAUGAAUAACAAUUUGAGAUGCAAUUAUAAAAUGUGUGAAAUGAAAUACAUUUUAAAUAAAGACUAAUAUAAUCCA